UCUCGCACUCUCCCGCUGUUUGGAACAUUGUCUUCUUAUCUUAAAGAACAAUUCGAAUACUACACGACUGUAACUCAGACGCAUUCAGAGCGCGAAGUCUGUCAGUUGUUGUCAUCGGACAGCGAAUUUCAAUUCAAUUGAAUUCAUAUUCAUCUUCACCAUUCACAUAUUUGCAGUCAACAGCAGUGAGUAGACAAAACGCUCUCUUCGUCAUUUAUUCCAAGCAAAUAUUUGGCCAGAGUUUGCAGCAACUGCAGUGCAGUCGGCAACUGUUUCAAAGUUGCAGAUAUCUCUGAGAAUGGUGCAUCAGUAUUCGGCGUGGAAGGUGCUAACGCGUCGCAAACAUCUCACUGCCGAUGGCACCGAGGGCGAGACAAAGCUCAAUCGUGUCCUGGGCCUCUGGGAUCUCACAGCACUUGGCGUUGGCUCUACGCUGGGCGCCGGUGUUUAUGUCCUCGCCGGUCAAAUAGCCAAGGAACAGGCCGGACCAUCGGUCAUCAUUUCAUUUGCCAUUGCCGCACUUGCCUCUCUACUAGCAGGUAUUUGCUAUGCCGAGUUCGGUGCUCGAGUGCCCAAAGCGGGAUCUGCCUAUGUCUACAGUUAUGUGUGCAUUGGGGAGUUUGUUGCCUUUGUCAUUGGCUGGAAUCUGAUACUGGAGUAUGUCAUUGGCACCGCCAGCGUCUGUCGUGGCAUUAGCCUCUAUUUGGACACUUUGCUCAACGACACGCUGAAGGAGACAUUCGCAGAGGUCGCUCCCAUGAAUGUCAGCUUCAUGGGCAGCUACUUUGACUUUCUCGCCUUCGGUUUGGUCGUCGUUUUUGGCGUUGCUCUGGCUUUUGGCGUAGAGACUUCUGCGAUGGCCAACAACUUUGUCACCUGCGUCAACAUUUUCAUACUGGGCUUUGUCAUCAUUGCAGGUGCCAUAAAAGCCGACUUCAGCAACUGGACUGUGGAUGCAGCUACAAUAAAUUCCACUAAUGUAGGCAAUGGCGGCUUCUUUCCCUUUGGCUUUGAGGGCACACUCCAAGGAGCAGCCACUUGCUUCUUUGGCUUUGUGGGCUUCGAUUGCAUAGCGACAACAGGGGAGGAAGUGCGUGAGCCUCGCAAGAACAUUCCACGCUCCAUUCUGCUUUCGCUGCUCAUCAUCUUCCUCUGCUACUUUGGCGUUUCCACGGUGCUUACAUUGAUGUUGCCCUACUACUACCAGGAUGUGAAUGCUCCGCUGCCCUAUGCCUUCGAGUAUGUAGGCUGGCCGGUGGCCAUGUGGAUUGUAACCAUUGGUGGUCUGGUUGGAUUGCUGGCCAGCUUGUUUGGCGCCUUGUUUCCACUGCCCAGAGUCAUGUAUUCCAUGGCUCAAGAUGGUCUGCUCUUUCGCUUUCUGGGUAAGAUCAGUCCACGCUUCCAGGUGCCUGUAACGGGGUCCAUUGUGGCUGCUCUGUUUACAGCUCUGAUUGCUGGAUUGUUUGAUCUUGCCCAGCUGGUGAGUCUGCUGUCGAUUGGCACCUUGUUGGCUUACAGUGUGGUGGCCAUUUCUAUUACCAUUCUACGCUACAUGGAGUACAGCGAGUCGGAGGAGCAGACGCAUCAAGGCAUCUCGGAGACUACUUCGUUGACAUCACGCAGCGAACGCUUCACUUGGAGUUCGUUGUGCACUCAGCUCUUCAAUGUGCAUCGCAUCCUGGAACCAAAUGCAAUUUCUAGCAGAAUUGUGAGCGUGCUGACUAUAAUUUUCUGUCUGCUUUCUUUGGGUCUUGGAGUGCUGCUAAUGCAAAGCUAUCCAGCGAUUAGUUCUGGUCAAGCUUGGGCUUUGACUUUGCUCAUACUUCUGAUAGUGUUAAUUCUGGUGGUGCUGCUGCUCACCUGUCUGCAGCCAAGAGAGCCCAGGAGUCGCCUCUUCCGAGUGCCUUUUGUGCCUGUGGUGCCUGCUAUAAGUAUCUUUAUUAACAUUUAUCUAAUGCUGCAACUGGACAGCUGGACAUGGAUACGGUUCGGUAUCUGGAUGCUUGUGGGCAUACCCGUAUUUAUUGCAUGCUGGUGUCUUUAUGACAUACGAAACCCCCAUAAACGUAAUCCCGAACGCAUUGCCUUCUACAAGGCAUUGAAAACGCCCAAAGAGCUGCCCACAUUAACGCAUAUGAAUGGCAAUGGCAUCAGCUCCAAACUGAGCACAUUAACAACUGAAACCCAGCUCGCUAGGAAUUCCAAUAGCUUGGAUCAGAUACAGAAUCUGAGUGAGGUCUGUGAUGAGCUGAAAGAGCGCAAGCAUGCGAAUGGCAAAAUCUUCUAUGUGGAGGACACAAAGAGCGAACAUUCGCGCACAACUUUGCCACUGAAUGACGGUGAAUUGCGUGAGGAUGAGCACUCGGUGAUAGCCAUGUUGGAUGAUGUGCUCGAGGCUGAGGAUACGCAACAGCAACAGCUGGAGGAGCAACAGAUUUUCUAUCGCAAUUUCAGUAUUGAUUCGGAGCUGUUGCCCAGCGUGAUUGAGACAACAAUUGUGGCUACGGUGCACAACAGCAGCAGCGAUGACGAUGACAUCAGUCAACAUUCGCUGGAGGAGGUGGAUCGACUGCAUGAAUGCCAGAUGGCUGCCAGUCAAAUGCUGGACGAGAUGUUCGACAGCGUUGCCUUCUACGAGCAGCUGCAGGCAGCAAAGCGUAGCAAGGAGCAGCAAGCUGAAGAAGCUGAAGCGAUAGUUGAAGAGGCGACUCCAACUCUACUUCGUCCUCAAUUGAAGCGUGUUCCUUCUGCAGUCUCAACAGCUUCACAGGCAUCGCUUAGCUCUGCUGUGGAAGAUCCUUUGCAUUCGGAAAAGUUUAAAAAUCGAUUGAGUCACCUCAUUAUGCAUCCAGCCACACACAUGGCAAGGCGAAGCGAAGAGCCGCAGCCAGUUGAGCAGAGUAUGGAGAUAAUCAAGCCCAAGGAGAAACCGACAAGGCCGCAACUGAAGCAAUCGAAAAGUGAAACUGAUGUCCGGCUGCUGUUGCUGAAGGCCAUACGAGAGCUGAAAUCAGACAGCGAUGAGGAGACGGAACAUGGCACAGCUGAUGGUAACGGUAAUGCUAAUGGUGAUAAGGCAGCAGCAGCAACUGCCGCAGCGCCUGAAGCUGGCAGCCAUAUACCGCGCCCACCGAAAUUCGAUCCGGUUUUGUACAAGACCAUAAACAGCAUUAGUUUGCACAAACAGCGACCUAGUUUAAGCCGAGAGCUUGCCGCCGCCGCCGCCGAUGAUGCCAAGAACAUGAAGGUAGUAUCUGCAGACACAACUCUCCCCGCAUCCCUUGCCUCUGCAUCCACAGCCACAUCCGAACCGGAGUCGGCAAUUGCAACGGCAGAAGCAGAGCCUGAGCCGGUGCUAUUCAAAGCGAAAUUGGAGGCCAUAUUGCAGCGAGGUCCCUCGCAUCGCCUGCAGCAACGUCCGGGAUCGGGAGCGGGAGCAGGAGCUGGAGCCGGAGCGGAUGCGGCAUUGCGCCGACGGCCGCAAUCGACGUACAUCGAGGAAACAGCAAUUGAAUGAGCCCAAAGAGGCUGCAAUUUUGUAGCAUACUGUAAAACUAGACUACACACACACAUACACUCUACUAAUGUAAUCUAAUGUUAAGUAGUUGUUGCUCUAUAACUGUAGUUGUAGUUGUACCUAUAUUUGUAGUUGUAGUUGUAGUAGUGUUAGCUGUUAGCUAGUUAAAUGGAAGCAAUAGUAGAUGAUAAGUGCAACAUUGGGAGGCAGCAGCAGCAGCAGCAGCAUCAGCAUUGGGGAAAUGCGUAAAAUUCAAUUGCAUUGCAUUUCUCGAAUUUGAGAAAAUAUUUCGUAAAUUUUGCACCAGACCCAUCAAAGCCAAUUACAGCGAUGUGCAAGUACUGCGCGAAACCUGAUGAGUGGCAGUAAAAGUAGGAAAGAAGCUAAUGAAGAUUUAUGUCUAUAUGCUAAUGGAACAGUCAAUAAAGCUUAAAGAGAGA